AUGCAGAACUGUCUAUGUUCUUCUGCCGCUUAUUCCCUCCUUACGCCCUUCAUCCUGCUUGUGUCGCCUCUCCCCUCCUUCUUUGCUGCUGACGCUCAUCCUCUUCCCUUGCUGCUACCGAUUUUUCCUCUCCUUCCCCCGCCACCUCACCACCUUCCCCUGCUCCCGCUGCCCCCCUCCUUCCCCUGCUCCUCCCACACCUCACUGCGCAGGCGCACGCAUUGCAUUGGGAUCGGCCCAUCAGCCAUGCCUGGGAUCACGGCAGUGGUCACGCCAGGGCUGCUCGUGGCUGUCUUUCUCGGCGCUGCCAUCACACUCAUCACCAUCACGCCACUUCACAGGGAUGCCUGGCAUGCCAUCACUGCUGCUGAGGACGUCAGUUGGCUGGCAUGGCAAGGGGUGGUUAUCUUCCCCAAUGGUAGAGGUCAUGAGUCAUCACAGGCAUGUCAACAGCAUUGGUGUUUGGUGCAUGGUCUUUGUUCUUUGGCAUGUUGCUGA